GAGGUCGUCGGAAGCUCUGUGGAGAAACUUUGAUGCGCUGCUGCUCGGAGCAGCAAGUUGCAGCAGCGGGACUCUGAGCGCCGGAGAUGCUCUGAGAGGAAGAGCUGAAGAGUUGAGGACCAAAACACUUUUCUACCGCCUCCAAUCUCGCGCUUUGCAGAUAUGGAUCAGAGGGCAGUGUGUGCCGGAUGCCACCGGCUGAUCAGAGACAGAUUCCUGCUCAGAGUCACUGACGGCCUCUGGCAUGAGGAGUGUGUGCGGUGCGCGGCGUGCGGGGACGCGCUCAGGAACUCCUGCUUUCUGCGGGACCGCAAACUUUACUGCAAGCGGGACUAUGCAGAUCUGUUUGCAGUGCGUUGUGGGGGUUGUGCAGAGGCCAUCUCUCCCACAGAACUGGUGAUGCGUGCAGGGGCCGCUGUGUUCCACCUGCGCUGCUUCACCUGCAGCGUUUGUUCCUGCCGCCUGCAGACUGGAGACCACUGUGUCCUCAGGGAGGGACAGCUACUGUGUGCCAGAGACGACUACCACCAGUGUGUGGCCAGUCCGACCUCCUCCGACACAGGUAAAAGUGAUGAUGAAGAAGAGGAGGAAGAAGAGGAAUCUGGGAGGGUUACAGGCAGACGAGUUAGAUCGGAAGAUCUGGAGAGCAAACGUCCUAAAAGGCCGCGCACUAUUCUGACCACUCAACAGAGACGGACCUUUAAAGCUUCCUUUGAGGUCUCAUCCAAGCCUUGUCGAAAGGUAAGGGAGACCUUGGCAGCAGAGACUGGUCUGAGCGUCCGGGUUGUGCAGGUCUGGUUCCAGAACCAAAGAGCCAAAAUGAAGAAACUGGCCAGGAGACAGCAGCAGCAGCAGGAGCAGCAGCAGACUCAGGAGCAGCGCGAGCAUUCAUCACAUCACACAGCACCCUCCUGUGGCGGUUUGACCUCUGAGUUGGAGCACCUGGGGUCCUCGUACACCCACAUUCAGCAGCAGCAGCAGCAGAUGGGACUCACCACACUGGAGCAGCAGGACUAUGACAUGGACCCCUUCAGACAGGGCCUGACCCCACCUCAGAUGCCAGGGGAUCACAUGCACCCCUACGGUUUUAAGGGUCUGUACGGGGAGAUGGACAGAGACCCUCUGUGUCAUGUGGCUGACAGCGACUGCCUGUCUCUGGGUGACUCCUCUCUGCUCACCCCUAUCGACCGCCUCUACUCCAUGCAGGACUCUUACUUCACCUCCUGAGGUUGGAGGUGGGACUCAGUGAAAAGUGGUGUGUCUCCCUCACUCUGUCUGUGCAACACAAUGUCCAAAAUAAAUGUUGGUGUUGUAUGUUUCUGCAAACCACGGAUAUGUUAGAUUUUUACGUUUCAUAUGUAGCAGAUAAGUUCAAACUUUGCAUUUCUUUACGUUUCCAUUUUUAAUUCCAUGUUGUGACAAGGCUGUGGUUAAUGUGUGGUUCGGUUUAGGCACAAAACCCACUUGGCUAGGGUUAGAAAAUCAUCAUAUUUUGGGUUAAUCACACCCCAUUUGGUUGCUUCAAACAUGGCUGGACAUGUCCCGGACUCUCGUGAAAAUAUACCCACUUUUGUCACCACAAUCACGGCUAUAAAUGUCGCAAACUCAUUAAAAAAUACCCGUUUUUGUUGCUACAAACAUGACUUGACAUGUCCCAAACUCUCAUAAAAAAAUAUCUGCUUUUGUCACCACAAACGCGGCUAUAAAUGUGCCAAACUCGUUAAAAAAAAUACCCACUUUUGUCGCUACAAACACAGCUAUAAAUGUCCCAAACUCUUUAAA